AUGGGCAUUGAUUUCACUCUGCGAUAUUUCUACAAAGUGCUCAUGGAGCUUCUUCCUGUCUGCAACCAAGAUGGUGGCAACAAAAUUAGGUGCUUCAUCAUGGAGGACAGAGGUUACCUUGUGGCGCAUCCUACCCUUAUUGACCCUAAAGGCCACGCUCCAGUGGAACAGCAGCACAUCACUCACAAGGAGCCCCUUGUUGCAAAUGACAUCUUGAACCACCCCAACUUUGUCAAAAAGAAUCUCUGCAACAGUUUCAGUGACAGAACCGUGCAGAGGUUUUACAAGUUUAAUACCAGCCUGGUGGGCGAUCUGACCAACCUUGUUCAUGGCAGUCACUGCUCCAAGUAUCGCCUAACUAGGAUACCUGGGACCAAUGCAUUUGUGGGGAUUGUGAAUGAGACCUGUGAUUCUUUGGCUUUCUGUGCCUGCAGCAUGGUGGACCGGCUGUGCCUCAAUUGCCACAGGAUGGAACAGAAUGAAUGUGAGUGUCCUUGUGAGUGCCCCUUGGAGGUCAACGAGUGCACAGGAAACCUGACAAAUGCAGAAAGCAGGAACCCGAGUUGUGAAGUCCAUCAGGAGCCAAUGACAUUCACCAUGCUUGAUCCAAAUCUCCAGGAUGCACUAUCUCAGUGUGUCAACACUGGCUGUUCCCAAAGGAUGGAGAGCAGUUACUGUUUCGGGGUCCUGGACUGUGAGUGGUGUAUGGUAGACAGUGACGGAAAGACCCACCUAGACCGACCAUAUUGCGCUUUACAGAAAGAAUGUUUUGGUGGCAUUGUUGGUGCCAAAAGUCCAUAUGCAGAUGACAUGAAUACUAUAGGUGAUGAGGUCAUCACGUUGAACAUGAUUAAGAGUGCCCCGGUCGGACCAGUAGCUGGAGGUAUAAUGGGCUGUAUUAUGGUUCUAGUCCUGGCUGUCUAUGCUUACCGUCACCAAAUCCACCGGCGGAGCCACCAGCACAUGUCACCUUUAGCAGCACAAGAAAUGUCCGUACGAAUGUCUAACCUGGAAAAUGAUCGUGAUGAGCGAGAUGACGACAGCCAUGAGGAUCGCGGGAUCAUCAGUAACACCAGGUUUAUAGCGGCAGUAAUCGAACGCCAUGCGCAUAGUCCGGAGAGACGUCGGCGAUACUGGGGACGAUCGGGUACAGAGAGUGAUCAUGGUUACAGUACAAUGAGUCCGCAGGAAGACAGUGAAAAUCCACCAUGCAAUAAUGACCCCUUGUCGGCGGGGGUGGAUGUUGGGAACCACGAUGAAGAUCUAGAACCAGACACCCCUCCGCAGACUGCAGCUCUCUUGAGCCACAAAUUUCACCACCAUUACAGACUGCAUCACCCGUCUCUCCACCACAGCCACCAUCUACAGGCUGCCGUCACUGUGCAUUCUGUAGACGCUGAAUGCUGA